AAAGAUUAUAUUAAAUGCUCAAAAAAUAGCAGUCCACAAGUCUUAAAGUAUAAUAAAACAAAAUUUUCAAUUUUAAUAUAUAUUUAUAUUAUUCAAAAACAAAACAACAACAAAAAAACAAAAUCUUAAAAGAUUUGAAUAAAAGUUCUCAACUCAUAAAUUGUGGACUACAUCAAUUGCCAACACACAAACACACUCCUUUUGUUUGUUUUUCCCUCUUAUUUACAACCAAUUUUCAAUCCAUUUCUUUCAUUUAUCACCCUUCAAACAAACUAAUCCUUGUUCAUAUCAACUUAUAAGCAUCAAUCUUGUAAUAUAAUUCCUCUAUUAUCAUACUUAUUACUUGGAAAAGACAACAUUAUUUUUUUAGCCUAAAUUGGCUUAAGAAUGCUAGUUGUUUAGACUAGUGGUCGAGGGCUUUUUCUUUCACCCUUGUAAUAGGAGUACGUUUGAGUAUUAUUCAUUCCAUUUAUUUGUUAUCUAUAGAGAAUCUCUAGUGAUCGAAGAUUUUUUCUUUCAAUCUUGUGCCAGGGGCACUUUUGAGUAUCAUUAAUUCCAUCUAUUUUUGCCUGUAGAGAUUCUCUAGUGGUCGAGGGCUUUUUUUUUCACCCCUAUAUCAGAGAGAUUUUUUAGCCUACGACGAAUAGAUAUGCUGCAAGUAUCCCCUUUAAGCAAUAUGGAGGGAGAUUUCUCAAUGAGAAGUGAAGAAUUCUCAGAAGCAAACUUGUUGGACAAUAUUGAUUUUGAUGAUCUUUUUGGUGUUGAGUAUUUGCAUGAGUUGCCGGAUCUUGAAAUGGAUCCGAGUCUAUUGCCGGAUCUAUUUAAUGGAUAUGAUGAAGUUGUUAAUGAUGUUGUUUUUGAGAAGCAAAAGAAAGAUGAUCCCAGAAAAGAAGAGAUAAAAAUAAAUAAGAAAUUGGAAUCAAAUUCUUCAUCAUCAUCAUCUUGUCCAACUAACAACAAUAGAAAAAACAAUGAUAACAACAACGACAACAGCAAUAACAACAACAACAACAAUCAAACGAAGCGAAAAACGAAGGUGGAUUGGACACCGGAGCUUCACCGGAGAUUUGUGCAGGUAGUUGAACAGCUAGGAGUGGAUAAGGCAGUACCUUCAAGGAUAUUAGAGCUUAUGGGAAAUCAUUGUCUAACUCGACAUAAUAUUGCUAGCCAUCUUCAGAAAUAUCGAUCACAUCGAAAACAUUUAUUAGCUAGGGAAACGGAGGCAAUGAAUCGGACGAGUUCAAUGAGAGGCGGAAAAGGUGGUGGUGGUAAUAUGAGUACAUGGUAUCCACCAACAAUGGGUUACCCUCCGAUGACAAACAUGCACCAUCCUUCAUUUAGACCACUUCAUGUUUGGGGCCAUCCUCAAGCUAGGGUACCUAUGCCAAUGUGGCCUAAACAACUUAAUGUUGUUCCUUCAACUUGUCCACUAACACCAACAUGGGCACCCAAUCCAUCAUUUUGGCACUUAACACAACAAAGAAGAGUGGAAGUAGCACAAGUUCCAGUUCAAGGGAUCCCAUCCCAUACAAAUACAAUGUUCAAACCAGAUCAACAUGGCCUUCUCCCUCAACCACCACCUCAGUCUGGGUCCCACUCUUCCAUUGACCCUCAUCCGUCUAAGGAGAGCAUAGACGCGGCGAUUGGUGACGUUUUAGCAAAACCAUGGCAACCACUCCCGAUAGGGUUAAAGCCUCCAUCUACCGACACCGUCUUAGUGGAGCUCCAACGUCAAGGCAUUUUCAAGAUACCUCCUUCUUGUGCUUAAUUAAUUAAUAUAUAAUGAUAGAUCUUGAAUAAUUUUUUAUAAGAAAAGUAAAAAUUUAAGCGUUACGAAAAUUUUCAAGAUUUGAGAUUUGACCUUUGUCAGCGAAUGUGAAGAUCCGCCAUUGGUCAAACACAAAUUUGACGACAUAUUCUACUUUUAGAUGAAACUUAUUCACUUUUUCGUUGUCGCUUCGGGCCCACGUACCUUUAUAUGUGUGGUGGUUGUUGAAUCAAAUCGAUUAUUAAUUUCUAUGUUAUAUGUCACUCAAUAAAAUAUUUAUAGGGUUUUUUAUCAAAUGACCCGAGUUUUAAUUUAGACCUCCUUAACUUAGAUUACGCUCUUUUUUUCACUUGUUUGGGAUACCGUAUAUAUAUUGUUUCUUAGCGUCUCUUCUCUCUAUCCAAUGUAAGAGUAUUAUUUUGUGAAUAAAUUUUGUAAUAUGAGGCCCUUGCUCUAAUUGUAUUUCUUACCCUUCUUUGUUACUAUGUUU